UAUGCAUCUUCCUUUCACUGUGAAGAUAACAUUGCAUCCACUGAAUGUUAAAUUGCUAGAGGAAGCUCAGGCAUAAGGUGUUCAGAUGGUUCAUUGAAAUAAAGCUCUUGUGCAUAAGAGCAGAUAUUGUUGUCCCAAAAUGUUAGGUUACUUGAUAUUUAACUAUCAGUUGCUUGAUUUACUCGUAUCACAUAAAACCAAUAUACUGCUUUCUUGUUUCUUACACACCGGAAAUUGUAUUUUCCUUGUGUAAUACCGUAAAUCCUCUUUAUUCCUGGGCAGCUAGAAUCGUCUUUGCUGAUGGUGUGAGACUCUUGAUGUGAUUCUCACCACAGCCUGGCCUCUCUUUUUUCUUGAUUUUGUUUUAUAAAUUCCAUCUGUUACCAUGUCUGAAAUUGAAAUCUCACCGAGUCAGUCCUUCCACGUUGGACUGAGCUUUUAACUGCUGGAGAUCGAGCCAUGGCGGUGCCCCACAUGGGUCUGUUCCCUUUCCCUACUGUUCCCAAUCUCAGAUCUUCCUGCUAUGAUUCUGCAAAUUAGUCGAUCUGCAUCCUGCUUCCUUCCUUCGCAUUCUCGGUUUUUGGUACUCGAGGUUAAACAUAAGAGUCAUGAAAGUGAAGGUGGCGUCGUAAUCUUCAUUGGGUACGUGACACUCCGGCCGAAGGUGCCCCAAGUGAGCGUCACGAGAGCCCAAAUGGACACCAUAUACUUCGACCAAUCUAGCUUGAUGAUGCUGCACGCAACCAUUGUGAUCAAAGCAGAGAACGACAACACAAGGGCUCAUGCGAGGUUCUACGACAUGUCCUACACCCUCAGCUUCCGCAGCCAGAAGAUAGCCAUCUUGAUGGCUGACCCCUUCGACGUCAGUCCCAACAGGUCUCUGGAGCUCAACUUUGUCGUCCCGUCCCAGUCUAUACCUCUGAAUCCAGAAGAAGCCGAGGCCAUCAACUGGUCGUUGGGCCGGAAAGUGGUCGAUCUCGAUCUCAGAGGGCGGUCGAGGACACGAUGGAAGGUUUGGCUCAUCGGGUCCAUUAAAUACGUGAUGCGUUUGGAUUGCCAGCUCCGUUUGCCCGUUGAUCAAACCACCAUAUAUCCACAUUGUGUUUCCAGGAAAUAAGAAAAGGGGCCAUCUUUCCUUUUUUUCAUUUUAGGAUCUCCUAAUCUCAGGAUUUUUGUUGAUAAUAAUCCAUUAUCUUUUCCUAGAAUUAUAAUUUUGAUGUGCCAGAAUAUGUAAAAGUUGGAUAUCACUUUCUUUGAGCUUUAUUUGAUGAAUUCAAAUGAAUUGUCCGAAUUAUUAUUAUUAUGAAACUAUAAUGAUUUUAUUUACUUGUUUCUAAA